GUGAUUUCUCUACCUCACCACUCGCAUCACCUAUCUCUCAUCCAUUGUCAUCUUUCUUCUCUCCCUCUCCCUCUCUCUCCAUCUUUUACCUUUUUAACGACCUUUUCUUAAUUUUCACUUUCUUUCUUUCGCCAUGUCUGAGACUUUCGAGUUCCAGGCUGAGAUCUCUCAGCUGCUCUCGCUGAUCAUCAACACCGUUUACUCCAACAAGGAGAUCUUCCUGCGAGAGAUCAUCUCCAACGCCUCCGAUGCCCUGGACAAGAUUCGCUAUGAGGCUCUGUCCGACCCCACCAAGCUCGACUCGGGCAAGGACCUCCGCAUCGACCUGAUCCCCAACAAGGAGGCCAAGACCCUGACCAUCCAGGAUUCCGGUAUUGGUAUGACCAAGGCUGACUUGAUCAACAACCUGGGUACCAUUGCCCGCUCUGGCACCAAGCAGUUCAUGGAGGCCCUGUCUGCCGGUGCUGAUAUCUCCAUGAUCGGCCAGUUCGGUGUCGGUUUCUACUCUGCCUACCUCGUCGCUGACCGUGUCACCGUCGUGUCCAAGCACAACGAUGACGAGCAGUACGUCUGGGAGUCCGCUGCCGGCGGUACUUUCACCCUCACCCAGGACACCGAGGGUGAGCAGAUCGGCCGUGGUACCAAGAUCGUUCUCCACCUCAAGGAUGAGCAGACCGACUACCUCAACGAGAGCCGUAUCAAGGAGGUUGUUCGCAAGCACUCCGAGUUCAUCUCCUACCCCAUCUACCUCCACGUCCUGAAGGAGACCGAGAAGGAGGUCCCCGAGGAGGAGCAGGAGGAGUCCAAGGAGGAGGAUGACGAGAAGAAGCCUAAGAUCGAGGAGGAAAAGAAGACCAAGACUGUCAAGGAGAGCAAGAUCGAGGAAGAGGAGCUGAACAAGACCAAGCCCAUCUGGACUCGCAACCCCACCGACAUCACCCAGGAGGAGUAUGCCGCUUUCUACAAGUCCCUGUCCAACGACUGGGAGGACCACUUGGCCGUCAAGCACUUCUCUGUCGAGGGUCAGCUUGAGUUCCGCGCCAUCCUCUACGUUCCCAAGCGCGCUCCCUUUGACCUCUUCGAGACCAAGAAGACCAAGAACAACAUCAAGCUCUACGUUCGCCGUGUCUUCAUCACCGACGACGCCACCGAUCUCAUUCCCGAGUGGCUCAGCUUCGUCAAGGGUGUUGUCGACUCCGAGGACCUGCCCCUGAACCUGUCCCGUGAGACCCUGCAGCAGAACAAGAUCAUGAAGGUCAUCAAGAAGAACAUUGUCAAGAAGACCCUCGAGCUCUUCACCGAGAUUGCCGAGGACCGUGAGCAGUUCGACAAGUUCUACUCUGCCUUCAGCAAGAACAUCAAGCUUGGUGUCCACGAGGAUGCCCAGAACCGUCACACCCUGGCCAAGCUCCUCCGCUACCAGUCCACCAAGUCUGGUGACGACAUCACCUCUCUCGCCGACUACGUCACCCGCAUGCAGGAGCACCAGAAGCAGAUCUACUACAUCACCGGCGAGUCCAUCAAGGCCGUCGCCAAGUCUCCCUUCCUGGACAGCCUCAAGCAGAAGAACUUCGAGGUUCUGUUCCUGGUCGACCCCAUUGAUGAGUACGCUUUCACCCAGCUGAAGGAGUUCGAUGGCAAGAAGCUCGUCGACAUCACCAAGGACUUCGAGCUCGAGGAGUCCGAGGAGGAGAAGGCUGAGCGUGAGAAGGAGGAGAAGGAAUACGAGGGUCUCGCCAAGAGCCUCAAGAACAUCCUCGGCGACAAGGUUGAGAAGGUCGUCGUUUCUCACAAGCUCCUUGGCGCUCCUUGUGCCAUCCGUACCGGCCAGUUCGGUUGGUCUGCUAACAUGGAGCGUAUCAUGAAGGCUCAGGCCCUCCGUGACACCUCCAUGAGCUCUUACAUGUCCUCCAAGAAGACCUUCGAGAUCUCCCCCAAGUCCUCCAUCAUCCAGGAGCUCCGCAAGAAGGUUGAGGCUGACGGUGAGAGCGACCGCACUGUCAAGUCGAUCACCCAGCUCCUCUUCGAGACCUCCCUCCUCGUUUCCGGAUUCACCAUCGAGGAGCCUGCCAGCUUCGCCGAGCGUAUCCACAAGCUCGUGUCUCUGGGUCUGAACAUCGACGAGGACACCGAGACCACCGAGGAGAAGGCUGCCGAGGAGGCCGCUCCCGCCGCUGCCGCCGGCGAGAGCUCCAUGGAGGAGGUUGACUAGAUGCAUCGAUGACUUUUUGAUUCGAAUGGAAACGAAUGUAUCUGCCUCGAUCUUCUUUAUUUAUUUUAUUUCUUUUCCUUUUCCUCUUUUUGUUUUUUACGACCUCGAAGAAAUUGUUCCGGUGAUAUCAGCAGCAGGAUUCCUAUGAUCCCAGG